AGUUGCUGCUUGCAUACGUAAGUGCACCACGCUAUGAAGGCCCAGAAAUUGACAGAGUGAUGGUUGAAAGCGAUGCCAAAGCUCUGUUUAAAGCUGGGGAGAAGAGGUUGGGAACUGAUGAGAAGACUUUUGUACGCAUUUUCAGUGAAAGAAGCAGGGCACAUUUAGCUGGUGUUAGUUCUGCUUAUCAUAGUGUAUAUGGGAACUCACUGAAGAAAGCAAUAAAAAGUGAGACAUCUGGGAACUUCGAGUAUGGCCUCUUGACUGUUUUGCAGUGUGCUGAGAAUCCUGGGAAGUAUUUUGCUAAGGUGUUGCACAAAGCAAUGAAGGGCUUGGGAACUGAUGACUCAACACUUACUAGGGUCAUUGUGACGAGAGCUGAAAUUGAUAUGCAUUAUAUAAAGGCAGAAUAUCAAAAGAAAUAUAGAAAAACAUUGAAUGAUGCUGUUCAUUCAGAGACAUCAGGCCAUUACAGGACCUUUCUUCUCUCGCUCUUAGGACCGACCAAUCACUAGACCUGUUAUCAGAUUGGGGUAGGUAAUGGUUUUGUUUAGAGCAGUUUGGCUUGCAACAAACCCAAAUUAAAAUCAGAAUAUGAGGUUAUCAUGCAAUGUAAGGUUAGCAACAUAUGUAUAUUUGUUCAACCUGGAAGUGACAACCGAUACUAGCCAACUAAAAACUUUCUUGACUUGCUGAUGUAUACUUUUGGGUGUACCUGGCUGGCUUUUCCUUCCGAAUUUGCAUAGCCCCUAGAGUUUGUUUGAUUUUUGCUUAUGUGUACUUGCUAGAUACUCUUUUCUACCUGCUGGCUAUGAUGGUGUGCAUGUAAGCUGGAAUUCAUGUUGAACCAUAUCUGUGAAGUAAUAAUGUUUGGUUUGUUCUUUUCAGCAGAUAGAUGAUGUAUGUUGUUUAAUCAGUUGCUACAUAUUAUUACGAUGUUUGGAAAU